GAGUCGGCGACUGCCCUUGUCAACCGGAGCCUGAGAAAUCAUGGCAACUGGCUCGGGUUGGGAGCGAGUGGCAGCUGCGGCAGCGGCGGCAGUUUGGUCGCGGGCCGGGGCGGCGGAGCGGCGGCGGCGGCGGCGGCAGCAGCACUGGCGCUGGCACCGGCCCUGAGCACCAUGCUGCGAGGCAGACCCGAGAGAGAGCUGGCGGCCUGGUGGGAGGCGGAGGCCGUGGCCGCGGCCAAAGCGCAUGCGGCGAAGGAACAGGUCCGCGUGGACCCGGGCGCAGCCGGGGAGCCGGAGCGCAAGGCGGGGGAGGAGCAGCCCAAGGAGCCGACCCCGGCGCAGCCCCGCGCGGCCGAGGAGGGCGACGCCCGCUCCCCACCGCGGCCGCCGUCCACGCUGCCCACGUACCAGGCGAAGCCGGUGUCGGCGCAGGGCCUCUACCCGCACGGGAAGUCCAGGAGCAAGAACCGUAGCUGCAAGCGGAGCUCGGACCGGUCCGAGGAGUACUGCUCUCCGCGGCCUGUCACCGUGGACAGCUCCAAGGCCAGGACCUCCCUGGACGCCCUGAAGAUAAGCAUUCGCCAGCUCAAGUGGAAGGAGUUCCCAUUUGGCCGACGCUUGCCUUGUGACAUCUACUGGCAUGGAGUUUCAUUUCACGACAGUGACAUAUUCUCCGGUCUAGUGAACAAGUUUCCAGGCAUGACGGAGAUGGUGCGUAAAAUUACUCUGAGCAGAGCAGUGAGAAUCAUGCAGAAUCUCUUUCCUGAGGAGUACAACUUCUACCCUCGCUCGUGGAUUCUGCCUGACGAGUUCCAGCUCUUUGUGGCUCAGGUUCGAAUGGUGAAAGAUGGGGACCCCUCCUGGAAGCCCACUUUUAUUGUGAAACCUGAUAGUGGUUGUCAGGGUGACGGAAUCUACCUCAUUAAAGACCCCAGUGACAUCCGCCUGGCAGGGACCCUCCAGAGCAGGCCGGCGGUGGUCCAGGAGUACGUCUGCAAACCUCUCCUUAUCGACAAGCUCAAGUUUGAUAUCCGUCUGUAUGUCCUACUGAAGUCCUUAGAGCCCUUAGAGAUUUAUAUAGCCAAAGACGGACUCUCGCGGUUUUGCACAGAGCCCUACCAGGAGCCUCACCCCAGAAACCUGCACCACAUCUUUAUGCAUUUGACCAACUAUUCAUUGAACAUCCAUAGCGGUAAUUUUGUCCAUUCGGACAGUACCAGCACAGGCAGCAAAAGGACUUUCUCUAGCAUUCUUUGUAGGUUGUCUUCCAAGGGUGUUGACAUCAAGAAGGUCUGGUCUGAUAUCAUCUCCUUGGUGAUUAAGACUGUCAUUGCCCUGACUCCAGAGCUCAGAGUGUUCUACCAGUCGGAUAUCCCCGCAGGGAGGCCGGGGCCCACGUGCUUCCAGAUUUUAGGCUUUGACAUUCUUCUCAUGAAAAAUCUGAAGCCUAUACUACUUGAAGUAAAUGCAAACCCCAGCAUGAGAAUCGAACACGAGCAAGAACUCUCUCCAGGGGUGUUUGAGAAUGUCCCCAGCCUUGUCGAUGAAGAAGUGAAAGUGGCCGUCAUCAGAGACACACUGCGUCUCAUGGACCCAUUUAAGAAGAAAAGAGAGAGCCAGUCUCAGCAGCUUGGGAAGCCGUUAGCCUCAAAGGAAGAGCCUUCUGAGAGCGAUGUGGCCAGUGCCUCGGCAGGCAGCGCCCAUCCCGAAGCCCACCUGCCCUCCAUCUGCCUCAAGCAGGUGUUCCCCAAGUAUGCAAAGCAGUUCAACUACCUGCGCCUGGUGGACAGGAUGGCAAACCUGUUUAUCCGGUUCCUGGGUAUCAAGGGGACAAUGAAGUUGGGACCAACAGGCUUUCGUACCUUCAUAAGGAACUGCAAGCUCAGUAGCAGCAGCUUGUCCAUGGCCGCCGUGGACAUCCUCUACAUUGACAUCACAAGGAGAUGGAACUCCAUGACCGUGGACCAGCGGGAUUCAGGGAUGUGUCUGCAGGCCUUCGUGGAGGCUUUCUUUUACCUGGCCCAGAGGAAGUUCAAGAUGCUGCCCCUGCACGAGCAGGUAGCCUCGCUGAUUGACCUGUGUGAAUACCACCUGUCCCUGCUGGACGAGAAGCGCCUGGUGUGUGGCCGGAGCGCCACAUCGGGGGGCCGGCCCCCUCACAGUGGCACCCCGCAGGAGGCCACCCCCGCAGCCCAGCUGGCUGAGGGCCAUCCCCCGCCCUGCACAAACAGUGCCCUCAAGCUCUCCCAUUCCAGACACGCUCUGUCCUGAGGGCCAAUCUGUCCUCCCAGAAGAAGAUUGAGCCCUUCUGAGCCCAAGAGAACCCCAGGCUUCCUGCUGGGGGAGAGAUGGCAGGAUGCUGAAAAUUCCCACCUGAGAUUCCCCCUAAUCGUCGCCAUGUUCUGCACUUCCAGAGGCUGCCUGAUUCUCAACCGCCCUCCUCCCAGCACCUCUUGGUGGCCCACCUGCUUGCGAGCCAUCAGCGGACAUAUGAUAUCCAAAACGUGACAGAUGGCCUCUUCUAUUCUGGGCUCAUGGGAAGCCACCGCCGGGGAUAAAACUGCUGUGUUUGGGGAAGGGGGCACCAACAACCCCAAGACGGAGAGCUGCGGAGAAGAAAGAACUUGAGGCAGCCAAGACUGGGGUCUGCUGAGGCCCCGAAGAGAAUACGGUUAGAGCCCAGGGACAUCAUGUGGACUUCCUACCACCCAUUCUGUGAAAAUGAAGUGGAAAUACC